AUGAUAACUGCGCCAAUCUUUAGUCAAUCGUACUCUGAUUGCGAAUCCUCGACGUUGAAUUUUCUAGAAAUGGAACCGAUGUCAAGCAGAAGUAAAAGGAUUCUGGCCGCUGCUUUGGAAACGAAUAAAAACAGCCAGGUUUUAGAAGAAGCGCUUACACAUUCAAUCAUUUUUACAAAUGAAGAUGUUAUUAUUGAAAAUAUGACUAAUGAUGGAUUUUCGAAAGGAAUUUCUGAAAUUGACUCUGUUCUCCCACUAACGUUGAGUUACAAUGAUAUGAAUGUAGAUAUCAUAGACGCAUUGGUACAUAAUGCUGAACAUGUGUCACCAUCUAAGCAUGCGGACGGAAGUACAGUUUUUCCAAUUGCAGCUUCAGGCGAGAACAACGUUUCCCAACUACGUUAUGCUGAUAUAGCUUCCCAAUCUGUUUCAAAACCUGCAAACAUCAAGUGA